AUGUUUAGUUCCAACUAUGAUAUGAUACUCACUGGUUUGGGAUUGCACAGGUGUGAUUCUGCUGUUCUGUCGGGUGUCACAUUAAUGCUCUUUGCUUGCAUUGUGUGGUUUAAGUUGGAGUCUUAUGCUCAUUCAAGUUACGAUGUCAGAGAACUAGCCAAAUCACUUGAUAAGAGUGAAGCAUUGUCUAGUUAUUGGAACACGGAUGACUCUCAUGGUGAUAGCUUUAAGAGUUUGAUAUACUUCAUGGUUGCUCCCACAUUGUGUUACCAGAAGGGUUGGGUGGUACGUCAAUUCAUUAUGUUGGUAAUAUUUACAGGAUUCAUGGAAUUUAUUGUAGAACAGUAUAUAAACCCAAUUGUGCGGAAUUCUCAGCAUCCUUUGAAAGGAAACCUUUUGUAUACCAUUGAAAGAGUCUUGAAGCUUUCAGUUCCAAAUUUAUAUGUGUGGCUCUGCAUGUUUUAUUGUCUUUUCCAUCUUUGGCUGAAUAUACUUGCGGAAUUUCUUCGGUUUGGUGAUCGUGAGUUCUACAAAGAUUGGUGGAAUGCGAAAACAGUUGAGAAGUAUUGGAGGAUGUGGAAUAUGGUGGAGCCUGGACUUGGAGGAGUGAGCAGUGGCCCAGACUGUCCAGUGGAGCUUCAGCCUUUUCGACUUCUGCUGCUGGGCCUGGGAGAAAAAGUGUUAUUAGGAGUCUUGGGUAUGCUUACGAUGCUGAGGCUUCUGAGUUGCAAGUUAUGUGAACGUAUGAAUGGAGGAAUUAAUAUCAGACCAUUAUCAUUUGCACAAUCAAGUGGUUUCCACAGUUCUCAGCCUUAUUUUGCACCAAGAAGCUUUUUUGGGGUGGAAGAUUUUCUUGAUGAUGACAACAGCAGACCAUACACUUACCAAAAGGAGAAAAAGUCAAAAAAUCUAAACAAGCAUGGUAACGAGCAAGCAGGUUGCAGUUGCUGGUACUAA